GAUGUUUCGAUGGGGAGUCCCGCCGAAGCCGUGGCGGCGGCCUCCGCCGCGCCGGGGAGGCCUUCGCGGGAAGGCGAAGGUUAAGAAGCCCAAGUCUGUGGACCGCGCCGGAAGAGCGGCGUGCCACAUGGGACGCGGAGACCCUCGCCAACUUCGAGGCCUCCAUCACGGACGAGGCGCUCGAGGAUGACGACCUCGUCAAGGAGGCCCACGCUGCACGUAUGGACCAAAUAGCGCAGCUCAAAGAGGGUAAGCAGGAGGCUGCUAAGGCCGCUCUUGAAGCUUCUCUCCGAGUCUCCGGUUGGCUCUGCCCAACGUGCGACGAAUGGAACCUGAGCUUUCGGGACGUGUGCUACAAGUGUUGCACAAAGCGCUCCGCGGCGGGCGUGGUCUCGCGGGGGUGCCGGACCCGAGGCGGCAUUCAGGUGCGGGAGCAUCACGAGGACCUCGACUCCAUCAAGCCGCUGCUUCGGAAGUCCUCGAAGCGAGGAGGCAAGAAGCCAGCUCCUCCUGCCUCUGCGCACGUGAAGGGCAAGCGCACGGUCUUCGAGCCCUGCGGCCUUCGGGCCUAUGCCUGGGCAGUCACCCGCCGGGUCCUUAACCGCCUCGCCCACAUCGCCACCGGGAACAUCAGCCCGUGGACGGGCUUGGCGGCGGCGGUUGCCGCGCCGGUCCUGCUUAGCGUGCAAGUUGGAGUGGUCGAGGAGACCUUCGCCGCAGUCGCCCAGCAGUCUGUAGGGCUGGUCGAGGGCCUUGGAGCCGAGGCCCAGCGGACCGUCCAGGUCGCGGGCACCGCGGCAAGCAUCAUGGUGCUGAUGCUUAGCGCUGCAGCGACGUGGUUUGUCGCGCGCAAUCUUGAAUAA